UCAGAGUAAGCCACAAAUUAGCGAAGGAAGUCCGUGACAACAAACGCGCAGCAAGAAGCCAGUGCAGCGAAAAUGGAUUUCUCACCGAGCCCAGACAGUGAUACUUCUGGCUACUAUAGAAAUCGCAGCCGACGUGAUGAGCGUGACCGGGGGAAUCGAGGAAGAUCGAAGGAACGCUUCCGCAACAACAGUCGCUACAGCCGUAGCCGAUCUCGGUCGUACAGCAGGGAACGUUACAGCUCGCGGCAGCGGAGCAAUGAAAGAGAUCUUUACAGAGAUGAAAACGAUCAUCCAGAGUAUGAUGAUGGAGGCUGGGAAAGAGAACGCUACAGACCUCGUAGCCGAGAACGGGAUCGAGAACGAAGAUCACGCGAACGGUAUCGUGAUCGAAGAGAUCGCGAGAAGGGGAGCCGUCGCGGAGGAUAUUCUCCCAGCUCUUUGGACGAUGGAGACAAUUUCGACAGCGAUAAUGAGUACAUGUAUGAAACUACGCCCAACAAUAAUAUCAUUAUUCGCGGGUUAGCCCCGCAAGUGACCGAAGCAGACAUCAUAAGCGAUCUCAUUCAGUGCGGUCUACAGGCACUUCAUGUGAGGCUGAUUCGCAGAAAAAAGACAGGUGAAUCGAGAGGGUUCGCAUUUGUCGAGUUUCGCACAGAAGAGGAAGCAACUCGGUGGAUAUGUUACAAACAGGGUGUGUUGGUGUUCAACGGAUAUCAUGCCGUCAUGCAGUACACCUUUUCGAUGCCCUCGAAAAUGCACACGGACUGGUAUUGCGCCAAGUGCUACGCGUUUAAUUUUAAACGACGAGAAAACUGCUUCAAGUGUCACGUUUCCCGCAAAGGUAGCGAAAUCGGGGGCGAUGGAAGCGACGAGAUGAGCAACAUUCUGACGAAAAAGAUCAUGCUUCGCAAUCUGGACGUGCUGACGAACGAGGAGAGCGUGCUGGGCGUGAUGCAGAAGUGUUUGCCGGCCGAGCUGGUCGCAAAGAUCUCGAAGGUGGUCGUCUGUCGCGAUCCGCUAACGUCCAUUUCGCGCGGCAUGUGCUAUCUGCACUUUGAAAAUCUGGUGGACUCGAUGAACACGCACAAUGCGCUGAAAGAGUUGGAUCCACAACUGUCGAUCGAUAGCCGGGACGUCAUUAUCUCGUACUGCAUGGACACGGAGAAUCGCAAUCUGAUCAAAUCGAACCAGCCCGGUCAUCCGCACCACCGCGACGCCAACCACCGCAGUGGAAACAAUAGUGCCGGUGGACCGGGGGCGCAUGGAGAGCACCAGCACCAGCAGCACCAUCAGUCCGGCGGCAGUUACUAUCGUGCGGACGGCGGUGCUGGGUAUGAUCGCGGUGGUGGCUACGGCAACAGACACAACGCGCACGAAAUGAACAAGAAUUCCGGAAGUGGAAAUUCCACGGGCGGUAGUGGGGGUCGUAGUAACUACCAACAGCAUUCCGGUACUCAAUCAUUCAACGCCACCGUGGCGGGAUCCGCUUCGUCGCAGGCGACUACUUCGGCGGAUGCAGAUUUCCCGGGCAACUAUACCCUCGCCGACGUUCCUCGCCUGGCGGAGUACAGUGCAUCGAUGUAUGCGUCGAAUGCGGCCGAACAUGAGUAUUAUCUGCAGUACUACAAAGAGUACUACACGUCAAAGCUGUCACAGACGUUGACUCCGAGCCAAGCCCUUACAGCGGGGCCCGUGUCUUCCUCGGGUGGGAGUGAGACGGCCAACAAUGGUGCGGCCGUGGCACAGUCGGCCAUAGCUCGCAAGCAAGCCGGUGGUGCUGGUAAAGGGCCAAAGGCGGAUGCUUUCGGUGCGGGUUUAGUUAGCGGCACAAACCCAACGAUCCUUCAGUUACCGGUCCCGAAUGGAGUGGAUGGCCGAAAGUACCCGGAUCCCGACACCUCGGUUUACCAAUAUGAUGAAACGUCAGGUUUCUACUACGAUCCUACUACUGGUCUUUACUACGAUGCCAACUCGCAGUACUAUUAUAACCGCGAAACCAGUUCCUACCUGUACUGGGACCCGGCCAACCACACAUACGUAUCUGCCCCAUCGUCGAGUGCGAGCGCCGCCGCCGACACUGUCACCAUAGGGCCAUCGUUACCACCGGGGACAAUGAUUGCACCCUCUGCUGGGGCAGCGGCUCCCACUGCGGAAGGCUCCGAUAAGAACACGGAAAAGGUGAAAACGAAAGACCAACCACCGCAAGAUAAGGUAAAAGUGGCCAAGAAAAUCGUCAAGGACAUGGAAAAAUGGGCGAAGCAGCUUAAUCAAAAGAAGGACUACAGCGUCAUACAGCCACCGGCGCGUAUCGAGGAGGCCACUCUUUAUUCUUCGCUCGGUCCAUCGAAACCACUGCAGGAACCGCUCGGUAGCGGAGGUUAUGCCGACGUCGGGUUUUCGCUGCUGGAGAAAAAGGAGCGCGUUUCUGGUGCAACCGGUGCCAGUGCUGCCAGCGGUUCGGUCGCCAGUUCCGGUUAUAGUAGCAAAUCUACAGUGCCGGCUAGCAGAGCCAUGGCCGGUCCGGCGUCUUAUGGCGGAGGUUCGGAUUCGGAUCAGGAGCUCGGAGACGGUGAUGGCGGUGGGUCCAGUGAGCAGGACUUGGUAGAUUUCGAUAAGCUCACGUGCUUGCUGUGCAAGCGUGCAUUCCAAUCACAAGACAUUUUGAUGAAGCAUUUAAAAAUGUCCGCCCUACACAAAGAAAACCUCAAGAAACUGAACCUAGCCGGCGGCGGUGGUACGGGUGGCGGCGGAGGUGGUGGUGGCAGCAGUGACGGAGGUUCCGGGGGAACCAGCACCAGUUUGCAACAGUAUCGCGAUCGUGCUAAGGAGCGACGUGCCAAGUACGGUGAAGAUGAGGCCCCGCCGGUUAAUCGCAGCAAAGAGCGCUUCCAGCGAGAGAUCGAGAAGCAGAGCCAGUCGUCCUUUCAGCAGACCACGUCCUCGUCGCUCCCGAUCAGUCACAACAAUGUCGGCAACAAGCUGCUACAGAAAAUGGGCUGGUCCGAGGGCCAGGGUUUGGGCAAAAGCAAUCAAGGGCGUGUGAAUAUCAUUGAGGCGGAGGCUCGCGUGGCCAACGUCGGUCUCGGUAUCAAAGCGAACACCGCAGCACAGUACAGCCGUACCACGGAUGACUACAAGACUUACAUCAAGAAAAUGAUGAAAACUCGCUACGAGCAGGUGGAAGGAACCGACUAACCUGUCCCAUUCGUUCCAAAGCCAAAUGGGUGUAAUUCUAAAUAUUACGGUUCCAACCUUCGUACACCGUGUGCUGAUUUGUUAGUUAUGCUCUCUAGUGUAUGUUCUCAGAAACUGC